UUGAUUUGAAGGGUAACGUUUUCUGGUGCUAAUCCCUGCCUGCUACUCCUUCGACACCCUGCAUAUCUUUAAUUUAUGAUCCUCGGCCGCUCAUUUGCUAGUGAUAGAAGCCGGCGGCGCCCUCUAGCGGGGACAAUUCGUACUGCGUUCGUAUUUCCUGGGUUUGGGGGGGGGGAUUUCGAGCCGAGUUUGGGAGAAGUUUGGGAUUCUGACAGUCAAGAGAUCUGUACCCGCCUCUGUCUGCCUGUUCAAACAGCAACCAGCAAAUCCCAUCUCAAACAUCCUAGUCACCCCCUCCUCACGGAAUUCGUUUUUCUUGUUUCUUAUAAAAGAGAAGAAAAAGAAGAAGUAAAAAAAAAAGUUUUUUUUUUUUUCCACAACCACCACCUCCUCUUGACAUUAACGCACCACUUCAGAUCCAGUCAGACUGGGUGAUCGGAGCCGGGUUCUGUAGAAGUAUGGCGGAGACUUGGGCUAAAUUCUACAAAUCUGAUCAGACGACCUAAAAAGGAGCGCAGCCGCGCACCUCGGACAUCUGCGUUGGAGACAAGCGGCAGGAAGGAGCGAGCGGCCCCGACGGAUUCCCCUCCACCGCGAAGCCGAGAUGCUUGUGUUCAGCUGGAGUUGCUUGCUGUUAGGCGCCGCACUGCAGAGCGCUGCAUCAGUCAGCGGCUCCGGGCACUGCGAGCCGCCGCGCUCGCAGCAAAGCAAGCUGAAUUCUUUCCUCUGGACCAUCAAGCGAAGCCCCCCGUCUUACCUGUUUGGGACGAUCCACGUUCCUUACACGCGAGUCUGGGAUUUCAUCCCCGAGAAUUCCAAACAAGCCUUCCACCUGAGCAGCAAUGUCUUCUUUGAGCUGGACCUCACUGACCCCUACACCAUCUCGGCCCUGACCAGCUGCCAGCUGCUGCCCCAAGGCGAGAACCUUCAGACUCUGCUCCCCCGUGACUUGUAUCGGCGGCUCAAGCGCCAUCUGGAUUACGUGAAGCACAUGAUGCCCUACUGGAUGACCGCAGACCAGCGGGGCAAAGGCCUCUACGCAGACUACCUCUUUAACGCCAUUGCUGGAAACUGGGAGCGCAAAAGGCCUGUUUGGGUCAUGUUGAUGGUCAACUCAUUGACCGAAGCCGAUAUUCGCUCCCGGGGGGUGCCAGUGCUGGACCUUCACUUGGCUCAGGAAGCAGAGAGGCUACGGAAGAGGACGGGCGCCGUCGAGAGGGUCGAGGAGCAGUGCCACCCCCUGAAUGGACUCAAUUUUUCCCAGGUCUUGUUUGCUCUGAAUCAGACGUUACUGCAGCACGAAAGUCUGAGGGCGGGCAGCCUGCAGGGGGCGUACACGACCGAGGACCUCAUCAAACACUACAACUGUGGGGACCUGAGCUCCGUCAUCUUCAAUCACGACACCUCGCAGCUCCCACUCUUUGUGAACAGCACGCUGCGGGACCACGAGAAGGUCACCGCUCAGCAGAUCGACAGCUACUUCCGCCAGGAGCUCAUCUACAAGAGGAACGAGCGGAUGGGUCGCCGGGUCACAGCACUGAUGGAGAAGAAUCCAGGCCAGGGUUUCUUUUUCGCCUUUGGAGCAGGACACUUCCUAGGUAACAACACCGUGCUGGAUGUCCUGCGUCAAGAGGGUUAUGAAGUGGAGCACAUCCCGGCUGGAGAGAGCAUCUCUGAGAAGCUGAAUCCUUCUACAACAGCAACGCAGUUUCCAACCACAUGGGGGCGCUCCUCGGAGACCGAUUCGCCCAUUUCGCCCCCACUAGAUGAGGGCCUGAUGACUCCCCACCUGCUGCUCCCUGACAGCCUGAACCAGCUGGAGGAGUUUGGCCGCCAGAAGAAGAUUCCAAAGAAACAUCACCGGCACCACGGGCGCCACCGGCAGUUCAAUGACUUGUGGGUGCGCAUGGGGGAGAGCACAACUCAGCAGCCAAAUAUCCGAAUCACUAAUGGAUACAUGACAGUGGACCCCCCUCUGACCCAGCAGGAAAAUCAGCAGCGGACGGGAUCCCAAAAGCCACAGGCUCCUGGGUGGACAUCAGUGACCGCCACCGCCGCCUCUUCAUCCUGCUGCCCGGCGCCGAGUCCUCUGUCAGCUGUCUGCCUGCUCAGCCUCCUCCUCUGGCAGUUACUGCACCCCUCCUGACAUGCAGAGGGCGCCGCCCUACUGGGCACAUAUUGUACUUGCAGCCAAAUAAAAUAAAUGAAAAGAAAAAAAACAACAAACGGAAUCCAAACAACUAAAAAGGGAAACGCCAGCGACUUCAUCAGACAAACAGCACACCUGGGGACUUUAAGGAAUACAAAUGUUCAUAUUUCACUUUUUUUCCACUU